AUGAGAGGGACGGGUCCUGUUGGUCCUAUAGCACCGGCAGCAGGUGGAGCCGUUGGCGCCAUUCUGAUCAUUUUGAUUAUCAUCAUUGUAGUCAUCAUCGUGUUCAAACGACGAAGGAAUGAUAGUAAUCCGUCUAAAAAAGAAAACAUCGAGGACCAAUUUCAGGCACCAGUGGAUUUCCAAGACACGCCAUUAGAAGGAAAUAACUACAGUGGGCACGCCUCCGUUUCGAACCGAGACCAAACACCUUCAAGGAGCACGAGACCUAAACCACAUGUAGCCGUCAAGCCCUUUGUACGGCAAACUAAGUCCUUAGACCUCGAUUCAACCGAUGGAUCUCCUGACAGGUCUAGCAACAAACCUCUUGGCACACGUCAACCGAUACCCCUGGCUCAGUUCCCUGCGUUUGUCAACAAGAACAGACACACUGCGCUCUUCUCCGAGGAAUUUCAUGAUUUGCCUGGCCCAGACAUCUAUCCUCAGACCGUGGCUCGAGAGGAGAUCAACUUCACGAAAAACAGAUACAAGAAUAUUUUACCAUAUGAUUCGGCGAGGGUGAAGUUAGAAGUCAUCAACAAUAAUCCUCAUUCCGACUACUUUAACGCUACUUACAUUCCCAGUUUUGACAAUGACAAGGCUUACAUUGCAUCACAAGGACCCAACAAGGCCUCUAUGGAUGAUUUCUGGAGGAUGGUCUGGCAGGAAAAUGUGACGACUAUUGCCAUGGUAACGAAGCUCAAGGAAGGAGAUAAGAUCAAAUGCGGUAAGUACUGGCCUAAUGUACCAGGCGAUUCGGUGAAGUUUGGAAAUAUCAAAGUGGAACUGGAGUCACUGGAAGCUUGCACAGGUGGAGUUAAAAGGAAAAUGACUUUGAGAAAGGGUGACGACUACAGGACCGUCACUCAGUUCCACUUCACAGAGUGGCCUGACAAGGGUGUUCCUAAACACACCUCAUCACUGCUCAAGUUCAUCAAGGAAGUCAAAGCUGAUCAUGGACAGUACACUCAUCCUCUCAUCAUUCAUUGCAGUGCUGGUGUUGGGCGAACAGGCGUGGUGAUCAGUAUUGAUAGCGUCGUAGCUCACGCCAAGACAACUAGAUUGGUAGAUGUCUUCAACUUCGUGACGAACAUCAGACAGAAACGACCAUACAUGGUCCAAACAAAGGAGCAGUAUGCCUUCAUCUACGGGGCUGUCCUUGAGGAUCUUCUCUGGAGGAAUACCCUGAUCCCUAUCGUUCAUUUCACUGAUCAUCUACAAGACUUACACUCUUCAGGCGAUGGACGUGGACGGUCCAAGAUGACCAAGGAGUUCCAGACUUUGAAGAGCCUCUGUCCAGAUCCUCCGGCUUCUCAAACAAGAUCAGGGCGCACUCGAGAUAAUCACCCCAAGAAUAGAUACGGAAACAACCUACCAUUGCAGAGGAAUCGUGUGAUGCUAGACUCCCCAGAUCAUGAUUACAUCAAUGCUAGUCAAAUGAAGGGGAUCCACUGUACAUUCAUGACAACCCAGAUGCCACUGCCAACCACUGUGUCUGAUUUCUGGUCUAUGGUCCUCAACAAUAAACCAUCCACUGUCGUCAUGCUUAACGACAAGAGCCAAAACGACAAGACCUGUGCACAGUACUGGCCUGAUGCUGACUCGGUUCAGUUUGGAUCCUAUUCAGUUUCAACCUUAUCAACAUCAUCUGAUGGGGACAUGACCACUCGGCAACUGAAAGUUACCAGAAACUCCAAAACCAGUCACACCGUCACUCAGUACCAGUUCCAUGGAUGGCCUAAACAUGGAUCAGAUCAACAAUUAGGGGCUAGGUCGUUGCUCAAGCUCAUCCGUGCUGUCAAAAGUUCCACUAACAACACGAAGGAAUUCUCCAUUCUUGUCCAUUGUUUGAGUGGUGCUGGGCGAACAGGUGUAUUUUGCACUGCUAUGGAGUGCAUCGCUCAGAUAGCUCAGGGAGAUUCCGUCGAUAUUUUCCAGACAGUCAAGAUACUGCGAGCUGACAGGAUGCAGUUCGUCCAAACUGAGGAGGAAUAUGCUUUCGUCUACGAUGUCAUCCGUGAAUACCUGCACACUGAAAACUAUGAUCAGCUUCCAUAUCCGAUAGAGGACCACACGUACGGCAACGUAGAAAUCGACUACACACUUGACCCGGAAGAGAACCCGUAUGAGGUCACAGAUCCGCAGGAAGCAGGCGCCGCCGCACUCGUGUAUGGCAAUGUAGAGACUGAGAGGAGCCAGGACAGACCGAAGCCAAAGCUUCAACAAUCGCACUCUGUAUACGAGAACUUUGCAUUUGAAUCUUAAAUUCAUAUAGCUUUGCGUUGGUUUAAUGGUGUUCUGUAUCCGAAACUUUGCAUUUGAAUCUUAAAUUCAUAUAGCUUUGCGUUGGUUUAAUGGUGUUCUGUAUCCGAAACUUUGCAUUUGAAUCUUAAAUUCAUAUAGCUUUGCGUUGGUUUAAUGGUGUUCUGUAUCCGAAACUUUGCAUUUGAAUCUUAAAUUCAUAUAGCUUUGCGUUGUUUGAAUGAUGCUCUGUAUACGAGAACGUUGCAUUUGAUUCUUACAUUCAUAUAGCUUUGAGUUAUUUGAGUGAUGCUCUGUAUACGAGAACUUUUCAUUUGAAUCUUAAAUUCAUAUAGCUUUGCAUUGUUUGAAUGAUGCUCUGUAUACGAUAACGUUGUAUUUGAUUCUUAAAUUCAUAUAGCUUUGCGUUGUUUGAAUGAUGCUCUGUAUACGAGAACAUUGCAUUUGAUUCUUAAAUUCAUAUAGCUUUGCGUUGUUUGAAUGAUGCUCUGUAUACGAGAACAUUGCAUUUGAUUCUUAAAUUCAUAUAGCUUUGCGUUGUUUGAAUGGUGGUCUGUAUACGAGAACUUUGCAUUUGAAUCUUAAAUUCAUAUAGCUUUGCGUUGUUUGAGUGAUGCUCUAUAUACGAGAACGUUGUAUUUGAUUCUUAAAUUCAUAUAGCUUUGCGUUGUUUGAAUGGUAGUCUGUAUAUACGAGAACUUUGCAUUUGAAUCUUAAAUUCAUAUAUAUAGCAUUGCGUUGGUUGAAUGAUGGUCUGUAUAUACGAGAACUUUGCAUUUGAAUCUUAAAUUCAUAUAUAUAUAGCAUUGCGUUGGUUGAAUGAUGGCCUGUAUAUACGAGAACUUUGCAUUUGAUUCUUAAAUUCAUAUAGCUGUGCGUUGUUUGAAUGGUGCUCUGUAUACGAGAACUUUGCAUUUUAAUCUUAAAUUCAUAUAGCUUUGCGUUGUUUGAAUGGUGCUCUGUAUACGAGAAAUUAGCAUUUGAUUCUUAAAUUCAUAUAGCUUUGUUGGUUGAACGGUGUUCUGUAUCCGAGAAAUUAGCAUUUGAUUCUUAAAUUCAUAUAGCUUUGUUGGUUGCCGGUGUUCUGUAUCCGAGAAAUAAGCAUUUGAUUCUUAAAUUCAUAUAGCUUUGUUGGUUUAACGGUGUUCUGUA